ACUAUCGUCGCACCACUCCGAGGCCACAAAAACUCUGCUCCUUCCCUAAAAAUCCAAAUGGGAUUCGACCAUCACUUCUCCGCUUCCUCGCCUCCGUCCCUCAUGAACCAGCUCCGUUCCUCGAUCUACUUGUCGUGCUGCUUCGCCGGCGGCGGUGGCACGGGAGGAGACGGAGAGGACGAGCAGCCCGCCGUGAUGAUUCGUGCAUCUGCCACCUGGAUUCAGCGAAAGGCGCGGGAUCUGCUCAAGUUCGGAGGGAAAUGCCGGAUCCUAGCGUCUCGGAUCAGGCGGCGCCACCACUCGCGCCGCAAGUUCGGUUAUGAUCCCCUCAGCUACGCCCUCAACUUCGACGAGGGGCGAGACGGCGACGACGAGGCCUCCGGAGGCGAGUUGCUGCAUCGCGCCUUCUUGUCCCGCCUCCCUCCAUCACCUUUUCACCCUGCGUCCGCGGGAGUCGUUGAUGCCUGAAGAAUCUGGUGACUCUUUCCGAGUCUUUCUUCUCCGAUUCUUUGAUUUGAAAUUGUACAUAAGGUCAUAACAGUUGAAAAUUAGGUUUUUUUUUUUUUUUUUUUGCGACACGCGAAUUAAUUUGCAGAUUUCAUUUGAUUUUGGAGAUUUGUUCCUUUAAGGUGCGUGACCAGUAAAUCCUUCUCUCUCUGAUUUUUUUUUUUUGUUUUUUUGCGACACGCGAAUUAAUUUGCAGAUUUUAAGGUGCGUGACCAGUAAAUCCUUCUCUCUCGGAUUUUUUUUUUUUUUUUUGCGACACGCGAAUUAAUUUGCAGAUUUCAUUUGAUUUUGGAGAUUUGUUCCUCUAAGGUGCGUGACCAGUAAAUCCUUCUCUCUCUGAAUAUUUGUCUGUCUUCUUUCUUAAUUUAUUUUUUAUACUUUUUAUUCUUCUUAUCUAAAAGGAAAUAUAC